CAAAGCCCCACCAUCACCUGCUGUCCUGCGCGGCGUCUCCGUCGUCUCUGUCGCCGCAUCUCCGUCAUCAUUUUCGCUACCGCAUAAUCUCUGUCUCCGCCGUCACUGCCGCAGCCUAGAAUAUGAUUUCUCGUUUCUGAAACCCUUGUAUAAGGUAGAAAGAGAGAGAAAUCAUCCAAAGCAAGGACCUUCCAGCGACUUUCAGGGUUUAAGGUUUAGCUUCUCGACUAUGGCGAUUCUAGGGCUUAUCAAGAGGGUUACACGAAUAACCGUAAACAAUUCGAGGGUCAGAGUGUACCCAGUGAGGUACUUCCAAAGGAAGGACCUUUCAAGCACAAAUCUAUUCAAUGGUGAAGAUGCUGCUAAGCUUCCUGUUCUGAUCGUCGGCGCUGGACCGGUGGGACUCGUUUUAUCCAUCCUUCUCACCAAACUAGGAGUGAAAUGUGCUGUUGUUGACAAAGCCACAAGCUUCUCGAAACAUCCACAAGCACACUUUAUCAACAACCGAUCAAUGGAGAUCUUCCGUGAAUUGGAUGGAUUAGCUGAGGAGAUUGAAAGAUCACAGCCUCCUGUAGAUUUGUGGAGAAAAUUUAUUUACUGUACAUCUCUCUCCGGCUCAACACUAGGCACAGUUGAUCACAUGCAGCCUCAAGAUUUUGAGAAAGUUGUCAGCCCGGCUUCUGUUGCUCACUUCUCCCAGUACAAAUUGACAAAUUUAUUGCUUAAGCGGUUGGAAGACCUCGGCUUUCAUGUUCGUGGUUCCAAAGAGUCGGAUGGUCUUGAGGCUGACUCUGUGGUUGCGAGGCAAAUUCUUAUGGGUCAUGAGUGUGUGGGGAUUGAUGCUAACAAGGACAGUAUUACUGCAACUGUUUCUUUUCUCAAAGGAGGCAAGCAUAUGAAAAGAAACAUUCAAUGUAGUCUACUGGUUGGUGCUGAUGGUGCUGGGAGUGCAGUAAGAAAGCUCACAGUAAUAGAAAUGCGAGGGGAAAGAGAUCUACAGAAGCUUGUUAGUGUCCAUUUCAUGAGUAGAGAGCUCGGUGAGUACCUGAUCAGUAACAGACCAGGGAUGCUAUUUUUUAUUUUUAACACCGAUGGUAUAGGAGUUCUUGUUGCCCAUGAUCUUCUACAAGGAGAAUUUGUUUUGCAGAUUCCAUACUAUCCACCUCAACAGAGUCUAUCUGAUUUUAGUCCUGAGAUGUGCAAGAUGCUGAUAUUCAAUUUGGUGGGACAUGAGCUUUCAGACUUGGAUGUAGCUGAUAUUAAGCCAUGGGUCAUGCAUGCUGAAGUCGCCGAGAAAUUCAUGUGUUGUGAGAACAGAGUGAUACUUGCUGGUGAUGCUGCUCACCGGUUCCCGCCUGCUGGAGGUUUUGGAAUGAACACUGGAAUUCAGGAUGCUCAUAAUCUUGCAUGGAAAAUAGCAGCUCUUGUUCAGGGUUCUGCAAACUCUUCAAUUCUUAAAACUUAUGAAACAGAACGUAGGCCGAUUGCCCUUUCCAAUACUUCACUCAGUGUUCAAAACUUCAGAGCAGCUAUGUCAGUUCCUUCAGCGCUAGGCCUUGACCCAACAGUUGCAAACUCAGUGCAUAGGUUUAUAAACAAAACAGUUGGUUCGAUCCUUCCAACUGGGCUGCAAAAGGCAAUCUUGGAUAAUGUCUUUGCACUAGGUCGUGCACAGCUUUCAGAAUCUCUGUUGAAUGAGAGCAAUCCACUGGGAAAUCAGAGACUUAGCAGACUAAAGAGUAUCUUCGAAGGAGGAAAAAGCCUUCAACUACAGUUUCCUGCAGAAGAUCUUGGUUUCAGGUAUUUAGAGGGAGCCAUUGUUCCUGAUAACGAGUCUGAAGCUGGUGAUCCCGAAGUACCGAGUGGUCGUAGAAGAGACUAUGUCCCUUGUGCUGAACCAGGUUCAAGACUGCCUCAUAUGUAUGUGAAAAUACUGUCAGAUUCCACAAGAGAGGUUAUUGUUUCUACACUGGAUCUUGUUUCGACAGAGAAAGUGGAGUUUCUACUUAUAAUAUCGCCAUUACAAGAGUCCUAUGAGCUAGCUCAUGCUACAUUCAAAGUCGCAAAAGAGUUUAUGGCUAGUGUAAAAGUAUGCGUGGUCUGGCCUAGUAGUGAUGAUGGUCUUGAAAGGAAGAGCAAUUCAGCAUUAGCUCCAUGGGAAAAUUAUGUCGAUGUUAUGGAAGUUAAAAAACAAAAUGGUGAAGGAACUUCGUGGUGGAGUAUUUGUAAAAUGUCAGAGAGAGGAUCUAUUUUAGUCCGUCCCGACCAACACAUUGCUUGGCGAGCAAAGUCUGGUAUUACUUUGGAUCCUACUCUGCACAUGAGAGAUGUCUUCACCAUCAUACUAGGGAAACAAUGAUGAACAUCACAAUUUUAUUCCACAAAUUCCUUUGUAUACUACUUAUUUUCAAAUAAAAUCACGUUAUUUUUGUAAUGGUGUUUCACGAUUUCUUUACAUAUGGUAAUGGUAAUGUUAAAC